AUGAAGUGGAGAACCCUUUCAGCCGUCGGGGUUUGGUGGAUAUGGAUGGCAAGGACUGCAGCCAUGGCCAAAGAGCCGGUGGAUAAUGCCGAGGCGGACCUGCUCAUAGAAGUUGCAUUUAUAAGCCUUGAGAGGAUAGCGAUAAAGCUCGACAGGCUGAUAUGGAGGCUCCUGAAAAUGAAAAAAGAUGGGCCGGAACAUGCAGACGGCGCUAUGGAGGCCCAUGCUAAGAGGAUGUUUGGAAUCCCUAUCAAGACGGAGAAGCAGUGGAAAAGGCUUGCGGAAAAAGUCAAGAGGAAGGAAAGGAGGAGAGACAUGAAGCACUGGAAAGAACAUUCUAUACACAGAAAGGUGGUGCAUUAA